AUAUUUUUUAUGCGGUAUUUCAGUAAUAUAAUUUUUUAAGAGCGGUAUUUCGGUUUUAUUUAAUCUUGCGGUACGCGGUUUUGUGGCAUUUUAGUACACGGUAUUCGGUAAAUUUAACCUUGUAUUGCCUUAAUAUUCUUUACUUCGCCCUUGCUUUGCUCGAGGACGCGAAAGCCUUGCUCUCGUUUUGGAAUCUCAACAUGUUUAGGAUAUUUUUGGAUCUUGAGGAUUUUGUAGGGAUCGGUAGGUUGACGAUCAUAACCAUAGGUAUCCAUAUAUAUCCAAAGUGGACAUUGCGCACAAAAUACAAAUGGCGGACAGUCGAAUCGAAGAAAGACAAAGUGGUCAAAGUGAGGAGGUUAUUAUUGACUGUGUGGCAUUAUUUUAUGAAGAAGGAAAAGGAGGGGAGAAUUAUCGAAAGAAAAAUAAAUUUAGAUGCCGUGUAAGCAAGGAAGCGAAACAGAUUAUCAAAUUGAAAGAGACUGUUUGGUAAGUGUCUUGAAGUGAGCGACUGAGCGUGAAUUCAUAAUUUACACGUGAAUAAAAUUAUACGUCUAAAAUUAGCAUAUUUUGAGGACUUUGAGAUAUAAAGGGGAUGAAGUUAAUGAUUAUAAACAGAACUGUUCGCCUUUUCUCUUCUAGAUUUUUAUUAUUUAAUUUAUUUUACAUAAUAUUUAUGCUACAUCAUACAUCAUUACAUGUCCUGAUGUCCAGCAUGUUUUGACGUAUUUUCCUAUUAUGGACUAUAUGGUCUAUAUGAAAUUGAUUUUUGAUAUUGAUUUUUAUAGUGAACAAGCUGCUAUUAGAGGCAUAGCAAAGUCUUUAGGUCUAGGCACAAAUUUACAAGUGGAAUUGAAUAGGUAAGUUUAAUGUUAAAAUCAUGUGUAAAUCAAUGAAUAAACAUCACUGCAUCAACAGAUUUAAUAGUGGAUUUUCAAUUAUAACAAUAUUAGAGAUAACAAUUAAUAGGAAAUAUAUACAUAUAUACCUGUCUUUUCACAUAGGGAGACAAAGAAAGAUGGAAGAACUGAAAGGAUCUCAAUAGAGACCAAUUAUCAGUUAGAACUGGAGUUGCCUUCUAUAUUAUAUGGAAAGGACAAACUACAACGUAGGUCUGUCUCAGUGAUCAGUGUCUCAGUAUGUAAACACCAUGAGUGAGUGUACACACUGCGGCUCUCUGGUACAAUGAAGGCACACUUUACAGCACUUGAAACAAUUAGAAUAUCAACACUAAAAUUCAUUUCUUGUCAUGAGUAAUUGCCUGAAUAUUUCUAGUAUUCAGUAUCAACAGUAUGGGAUCUUAUAUGCACUCAAAACAACCUGUUUAUAAACCAAGUUAAAUUGUUUUGUUUUUCAUCCCAAACCAUACAGUAGAUGAGGUUCAUGGGUAAAACAAGUAUUCUUUCCCCCUCUAUGAUCAUAUUGUAUCCCAGGAAAUGUCACUAUUCUAUAUAUCCCUCAUUAAAAUACAUGGAUAUAAAGAAAGAAUGCUCUUAUUCCCAAAAGAGGUUUUUUACAAUGAAAAUACUAUAUACAUAUCAUAAAGAAAUUUGUGAUUAAAUAUUCUUGUUAGCUUCAGCAGGUUUGUGGAAGUCUCUUUGGCUUGCCUUCAGGCUGUGCCCUUGUGACAUCCACAAACCUCCCUUAACUUGCUGCGAGAUUUGAUCACAAAUUUAUUGAGAUGUCAUGAUAUUACAGUACUUAUAAUAAUUUUUUUCUUUCAGUUGUAAUUUAUCCACUAAGAACUGUUUUCACCCCAAAAUGCCCCACAAUUUUCAUUAAAGACAAGGCAGACACCCCCAGCAAGAUCCUUCCUUCUACCUCUUCAGCCCAUUCAUCAGCAUCACAUGAUUUAAAUGAUGAGGAUGAGGCAAAACUCAAUGAAGGUACAGCGCAUGUACAGUAUGUGGAUUAAUGUGCGACUGCUUAGAAUUGCUUAGUUCACAUGUGUACCAUGUGAAUAUCUGGAUGAGACGGUUAUGAUUACAUUCUCAUUGAAAAUUAUUUCUUUUUUAUUAUACAUUUUGGAUCAUUUUGAUAAGGCAAAUCGGUCUCAAAUAAUAUAUCCUAAAACUCCUACUGUACAGAUAUCUCAACUUAUUUUAUAACAACACAAACAGUUACCGUAACACUCGAAGAGAGGUUGUCAAUCUCAGACAAACAAUACUUUAUACUGUAUAUAAUCACAAUUUAAAAAAUAACAAAAUAACUCCUCUUUUAAUUGAGCCAUGCAAUUGUUAGAGGCGAGCUGGGCUAGAUCUGAUAUACUGCAUUUAAUCAUGGCAUUUUGUGAAUACAUAAGUGAACUUGGAAAAUGCCAACUUCUAACACAGCAUGAUCUAGCAUGAAUCUGUUGACUUAGUUUGAGAUAAACUAUUUAUUUUUUAUUUACCUAGAACUGUCAAAAAGGCAAAGCAGCAAACUGUUCAGGUGCAACACACAUAAACUGGUUAAGGAGAAUGGAAAAUUGGUAGAGUGGCCAUGGAAAAUUUGUUGUGGAAUUUGUAACAAAAAUCUGAAGCUGCGUUAUGACGCUGGUCAUAAGGGAAGAAUUUCUAGUUUUGAUAGACGUAAGUUGGAAAUUAUUGACACAUGAUUACAUGUACAGUAGCUUUAUGCUGUCAUAUUGUACAUUGAAUGAAUGCCUGAAUGGUGAUAUUCCAAUACAUGCUUUAUAUUGUACAGUUGUUUACUAAGAACUAUUGCAAGUGCAUAUUUUAAUGUAGUAUUUUCUAAAUUUAUCUUCUUAGAUCACUACUCUAAGUGUAGUAAAUCAAAGGAAUUAGGAAAGGAUAAAGAAAGGAGCACGCUGACCAUCAAAGAUAUUUUUGAACGUGCAGCAAAGCGGAAGACACAAGAGGAAGAGACCUCAAAAAGGCAGAAGCGGACAGAAGAAGUGGACUCUGACAUUGACAUCUCUGAUUGUGAAAAGUAAUUAAUCUAAUUAGAUGUCAUUAGACUAUUAAAUUAUUACAAAACUUCUAGUAAUCAAAAUUAAGUAUUCUUUUAAUUUGUAUUAUUGAAUGGCAUGUGCAUGUUGACAUUGAAAUAACUGAAUAAUAGUUUCUUAUUGAGCUUGUAUAGUUACUUAAUUUUGCACGAAUUGAUACCAAAUGACCUUGGGCGCUUUCCAUUAACUCAGUCAGAACGGUCAAAUUAUUGAAUGGAACACAAAACAUUUGGGCUUCGAACCUUUCUGACCGGAAAAUUUGGAUUAAAUUAGAAGGAGGCCCAUUUUCGCCAAAUUUUCGAGAGAGAUAUUAUGGUCUAACCAGUCUAGCCAUUAAAUGGAAAGCGUCCCUUAAUUACGUACAGUAUCUGUAGACAACACUAGAGCACGGAAAUCUGUUUUCACCUAGGACGUAUGACUCAAACGAAAGCGAGAUGGAAUAUGAUUCCAACAAUGAGGACAAUGAGGAACGUGAUAGCUCGGUUUCUGAAGAACAGUCUGACGAGUAUAGUUCAGAUACAAUGGAAGAUGUAGAAGUCUGUUCGCAGCCCUCGUGCAUGGAAAAGCCUCAGUCUUGUGACAUGGAUGCAUGUAGCAUUGACCGUGACGAUUUAUUCACUGUGCAUGUAGGAAUAGAAGAGGCUGAUCCACUGUGCAUCAAAAUUCAGGAUCUUCUUCGAAGAGGAAAAAUAUCAAAGGAUAAAAUAUUCUACAAAUAUAUGAGUGACGUGGUGGAAAUCAUGUACAAUCUGUUUCAUGAAUACGAUCGAGAAGUAGUGGAGUUCUUAAACACUAUUACUUAUCUUGGUGGAAAACGUACUGCAUGUUUUAUUAGAGGUCCGAUGAACAUGGGCGAUGGUCGAAACAGUCACAUGCAGGUGAUGGACAAAAAGAUGAACCUUGGAGGACCUUUGGAAACGGUCUGUGCGAAAUAUCAAGCCGGGUACACCCCAGAGUCAGGUGUCAUCAAGCCAUUAUCUUUAGGACAUAUCGAACUCUUAAAGAACUCUCAGGCUAAAUCCCUAAUACAAAUCCCGGAACUUAUCACAUUUCCUUGCGCUCUGGGUAAUGAUGGAACUGCUCUAAAACCUGCAAUUGAAUUCGAUUCUCGGCUUAAAGAGAACGUUGGGCUAAAAAUACCCGUCGACAUCAAUUAUCUGAAAGCAAAUCCAUCACCUUCUCCCGACCAUCUGAAAAAGAAUAUUGUGACAGAGGCAAUUGUCUCGUCGUUAACCUCUUUAGAUAACUUCUGCUCUCUUCCUGUGGCAGUGGACUAUGUUACACAAAGUGGAAAAACUGGAGAGACUAUGACACGCAUGUUUGAAGAGCACAUUAAAACUCUGCAAUUAUGCGAAUCAUGCCAGAAGCGAACACCACAUCAGCGUCAUAUUAUUACUUCUCAAGCAAUCAACUGCUCUAGUUUUUGUGACGUUUGCUACCAAUCAAAGACGGUGUGUGAGGAAUGCAGUUUACAAGGACAAGUCAGCCAUGUUCCAUCCUUGAGAUUUUGUGACUCUUGCCAUGACAACAAUUCUGUUUGUGUUCGUCGGGUUGUGAUGAUCGUUUGUAGCGAUUGUGAAUCAGGCAACAAAACAGCCUUUGAAAUUAUAAAGGCCAAACUUGACGCAGGUAAUGAAGACCCUGAAUUGGCGUUUUUGUCUAUUUUGCCAGAUUGUCCCCAUGUUGGAAAAAGUAUGAAAGCAGCAUUUUCCAAUUGGUGGCUGAAAUGUAGAAAUGAGCGAAUAAACCUGGCUGCGAUUAGAACAUUAAGAAAUCGUUCGGACAAAGCCACGAGAGAUAAAUUCAGAAAGCUCAUUCCGAAGAAUGACCACGUAAAGAAUAAAGAUUGACAAGACCCAUCCGCUGCGCUUACCUUGACCAACAAAAAGUUUACUGAUGAGCUAAGAAAUGCUAGUUAUGUCUGCCACACAAUUAUACCCGAGUUAGACAAGUACUCAUCGGAUAAUCAACUUGGUAUGUAUCCAUCGCCUAUAAGUAUUGCUAUUCCUUCGUAUGGUUGGAUCGCCUUCUUGUCGUACGACGUGAAGAGUUCCAUGUCCACUCUGUUCAAGGCCCGCCUUCACAGCCCUGUCGACAAGAUCUCUCCUAUUGCUAGAAAUCUCAAGGCUAAAGAGAUUCAUUGCUCUGACGGGAUCAUCUUUCUUGUGUCACACAGUGGUCCUAUCAAAGCUAUAGAAUUCAUAGAAGGAUCGAUUUCCAUCAAGACCAUCACCUCCAAACUUAGGAAGAAAAAAGACGUCAUCGAACAGGCGGAGAAACUCCAUGUACGAUCUACUGGAACUGUCGCAGAGAUCAGGGCUAAAUUGUAUUUCUUGUCAUGAGUAAUGGCCUGAAUAUUUCUAGUAUUCAGUAUCGACAGUAUGGGAUCUUAUAUGCACUCAAAACAACCUGUUUAUAAACCAAGUUAAAUUGUUUUGUUUUUCAUCCCAAACCAUACAGUAGAUGAGGUUCAUGGGUAAAACAAGUAUUCUUUCCCCUCUUUCAAAAAAUAAUAUGAUCAUAUUGUAUCCCGGGAAAUGUCACUAUUCUAUAUAUCCCUCAUUAAAAUGCAUGGAUAUAAAGAAAGAAUGCUCUUAUUCCCAAAACAGGUUAUUUACAAUGAAAAUACUAUGUAUAUCAUAUAGAAAUUUGUGAUUAAAUAUUCUUGUUAGCUUCAGCAGGUUUGUGGAAGUCUCUUUGGCUUGCCUUCAGGCUGUGCCCUUGUGACAUCCACAAACCUCCCUUAACUUGCUGCGAGAUUUGAUCACAAAUUUAUUGAGAUGUCAUGAUAUUACAGUACUUAUAAUAAUUUUUUUCUUUCAGUUGUAAUUUAUCCACUAAGAACUGUUUUCACCCCAAAAUUAUCAUUAAAGACAAGGCAGACACCCCCAGCAAGAUCCUUCCUUCUACCUCUUCAGCCCAUUCAUCAGCAUCACAUGAUUUAAAUGAUGAGGAUGAGGCAAAACUCAAUGAAGGUACAGCGCAUGUAUGUGGAUUAAUGUGCGACUGCUUAGAAUUGCUUAGUUCACAUGUGUACCAUGUGAAUAUCUGGAUGAGACGGUUAUGAUUACAUUCUCAUUGAAAAUUAUUUAUUUUUUAUUAUACAUUUUGGAUCAUUUUGAUAAGGCAAAUCGGUCUCAAAUAAUAUAUCCUAAAACUCCUGCUGUACAGAUAUCUCAACUUAUUUUAUAACAACACAAACAGUUACCAUAACACUCGAAGAGAGGUUGUCAAUCUCAGACAAACAAUACUUUAUACUGUAUAUAAUCACAAUUUAAAAAAUAACAAAAUAACUCCUCUUUUAAUUGAGCCAUGCAAUUGUUAGAGGCGAGCUGGGUUAGAUCUGAUAUACCGCAUUUAAUCAUGGCAUUUUGUGAAUACAUAAGUGAACUUGGAAAAUGCCAACUUCUAACACAGCAUGAUCUAGCAUGAAUCUGUUGACUUAGUUUGGGAUAAACUAUUUAUUUUUUUAUUUACCUAGAACUGUGAAAAAGGCAAAGCAGCAAACUGUUCAGGUGCAACACACAUAAAGUGGUUAAGGAGAAUGGAAAAUUGGUAG